AUGUCUUUCUCCAGCAUUCCGAUACUGGAUCUCUCGCUGGCGCGGGACCCGGCCACGAAGCCGCAGUUUCUCGUGGAUCUCCGCCAUGCACUGCUCGAAGUUGGGUUCCUGUACAUCAAAAACACGGGAAUCCCGCCCGCCCUGAUCGACGAGGUCAUUAAACUGGGCAAAGCCUUCUUCGAUCUCCCCGAGGAGAAGAAGCUGGAGAUUGAGAUGAAGAAUGCGCCCUCGUUUCUCGGUUACAACAAACUCGGCAUGGAAAUCACGCGGUUCAAGACCGACUGGCGCGAACAGGUCGACUUGUCGACGCCGCAUCCGGUCCCGGGCCCCAAUGACCCCUUGUACAGGAACUUGUUGGCGCCGAACCAGUGGCCUGACCCCAACGCGCUGCCGCGCUUCAGGGAAGUAUACGAAGACUAUAUGGCGCGCAUGGGCGAGAUGAGUAUGGAAUUCACGAGUCUGAUAGCCGAAGCCAUCGGCUUGUCGCCGGACGCAUUCGCGCAGUUCUUCGACGAAGCGCAACAGCACAAGUUGAAAAUUGUCAAGUAUCCCGAUCUGGAGGAGUUGGGUGUUGAAGGGGAGGCGCAGGGUGUGGGGCCGCACAAGGACAGCAUGCUCACGAGUUACCUCCUGCAAGCCAGCCAUCACCGUGGACUACAGGUGCAGAAUGGCGACGGGCAAUGGGUCGACUGCCCGCCCAUCGACGGGACAUUUGUGGUGGCCAUUGGACAAGGGAUGGAGGCGCUGACACAGGGCGUCUGCCAGUCAACGACACACAGAGUGCAGAGCCCGCCUCGAGGUACCGGUGCACGGUACAGUAUCCCCUUCUUCCAGGGCGUCAGCUACGACGCGACAUUCGAGAGCAUGGACGUGCCCGACUCGGUGAAGCAGCUGAGAGCAGACAUCCUGGCGAAGAGGGGCGGGCAGCGCUUGGACGACAUCGAGUUUACAUUCAUCAAGGGCAUGUGGAGUCGACUGGGCGAGGCGACCUUGAUGAACAGGGUCAAGAGCCACCCUGACGUGGGCGAGAGAUGGUAUCCCGAGCUCCUGAAGAAGAUCCGUGCGGACCAGGCGGAGGAAGCAGCCAAAUUUGCCGCCGCCGAGGCUGCAGCGAGCAAGCCGACGUCGAUUCCAGCGCAGCCGCAAUCCAUACAGGCCCAUUAG